AGACGUGGGCGUUAUUUCACGUCACUAGAUACAUUAACUAGUUACGCGGCAUGUAACCGAGUCACUAGUUUCGCUUCAAAUUAAAAGUAGUGAUUUUUGUAAAUGCGUUACUGGGAUGGUUGGGUCAUGAGUGACCACGCGCACAAUAAUAUGAAUACGCGGCAUAUAACCGAAUCACUAGUUUCUCUUUCGAGUAGUAAUUUUGUAAAUGCGUUACAUUUCUUUCGCAUCGCGCCUACCGGCCGGUCGAGCGAGAUAGCAGAUCAGAUUUCCGAGUAAGCGAGAGCGGGUGACACGAAAAUCCGAAGUAAUCCGAACGCGCACAUGCCGUGGCAUACAACAAAAAACAAAACAGCGUAACAGUACUAGUUUAAGUACGUUUAAUUUUCAUACGUAAGACUAUAGACAUUAGACAAAUACAAUAAAAUAAGUGAUCUCUGUUUGUAAAUAAUUUCAACGGCUUGCGAUUCCAGGAAGCGAGCGUCAAUUUGUUGAAAAGUAAAAUAAAAGAACUUAGUUUGUUUUCGGCCUCCUACGCACUGGCGACCAUGGUCGCCGCGACCUGGCCGCGGCGGCCAGUGAAUUCUGGACUUUAUAUGGCAAUCGCUAUAGCCCCUACGCACUUAGCGGCCAGCGACCAGCGGCCACCGUUGGCCGCGGCGUCCAAUUUGAUGCCACGCGACCAGCGACCAAUCGUGGCCGUCGAGAACAUCACUUCUGUAUUAAAAUUCAUCAGUGCUACCGCAUCGGCCGCGGCGACCAGACGUGUAGCUAGCUACAGAGUGAUUAUUUUACAAUGGCCAAUUUCGACACGGAAAGGUUCAUAAUUGAAGUUGAAAAUAGAAGAGGUUUAUGGGAUUUAGCAUCAAAUGAUUACUCCAAUAAAGAUGUUAAGCGGCAGUUGUGGCUUGAAGUGGUCGAUAUAUUUGGCGGUGAAUCCAUGGAAGAUAAAGAAAAGGCAGAACUUGGCAUUACUCUCCAAAAAAGAUGGAAAAACCUUAGAGACUGUUUCACAAGAGAGCUGCGCCGUCUUAAAGAUGUCAAAAGUGGUUCUGCUGCAAAACGUAAAUCACAAUACACCUAUUUCAACCAAUUACUGUUUUUGAAAUCAGUGCUGGACACAAACGCAACAGAAAAUAGUCUCGAAGAGGCAAGUCAAGAAAAUGAAAGUGCAAGAUCUUCUGAUCUUGAGACUCAACAGUCUGCAUCAAAGUCGCUUAGAACAAAAAGGAAGAAAAAAAUACCAAACGAAGAAUCCGAUACAGACCCUCUAAUUUCAGUUCUGCAUAAGACCAUAGCGACUACACAGAAUGAUUCAAAUUGUGACAGAUUGUUUCUUUUAUCCCUCCUCGAAAGAUUUCAAACAAUCCCUGCUGCAAUGAAGACCAAAGCGAAAAUGGAAAUCAUGGAAAUUAUAGAAAAAUACCAACCGAACUGUACACCUACAACAGCGCGCAUAAACUAUUCAAGUAAUUUCAAUACUCUUAACGACCAAGAAUAUGACCCGCAUCGACCGAGUUAUUCAGGUUAUUCUACUACCAACAGGAUAUCAGAUGAUUCAAAUUACAGCGAUACUCAUACUCAUUAUUCUGAUAUUUCUCAAAAUUCAGAAAUGAUAGACCUAUUUCCCAAUUUGAAUGAUUAAUUGUUCACAAUUGCCAUUUUUUAAGUUAUGAAAAUACAAAUAAUUUGAUUAUCUA